UCUGGUUUGUUUUUUGUAUGUAGCUCUUUGUACUGCUUUGUACGCAUUAAACCAUCAGAUAUCUUCAAAAUAGGGCAGUUUUUGUGGUGUUGGAGGCAAUCUAGCACGUUUUCGCAUAUUUUUGCCUCCUUCACUUCCCUUGAAGUGACCAAUGGUGAGAAUCAAAUCGAACAGGGACCAGAAAACUCAUCGUUCUUGAAGCAGCCACAGCUACCCUAUGCAAAAAAUGUGUGCUUUGCUCUCUCCGACUCAAAAGGAUGGCAGCAGUGCGGGUAUUCGGCUGUUGGAAGUGAAAUCUGAGCCCAAUGACACUACAUCGUAUGAGGAAAUGGGCAGCAGCGGGUCGGUACCAUCGCCUCAGAGUUCCGACCUUGGAGUGGCGAAGCUCUCGGACCUCGUACGAGAAAGGCCAUUUAAGUGCCGUGUCUGUUCUGCUACGUUCCUGCAGAACUCUCACUUGAGAGCACAUUUGAACACGCACACGGGGAAAGUGUUCCUUUGCGGGAUAUGCGACGCACCAUUUACUAAUAGGUUCAGUGUGAAGAGACACAUGAAGCGUUACGGGGGAGACUGCCUGCACACAUGUAAAAUGUGCUCUACGACAUUCUCCAAGGUCCUCCUGAAGUGCCACGUGUGUCCGAGCGGGGAGAAACUGCACGAAUGUGAACUGUGCGACGCCUCGUUUACCGAGCGUGGCGACCUCAAACGUCACGUACAGACGCAUGCGGAGGCCAGACGGCACAAGUGUGAACACUGCCCGGCAACAUUCCGCUACGCGAGCAGCCUGAAGCGUCACAUGUACACACACGCGGCCGAAAAGCCCCACCAGUGCACGCUCUGCCCGGCCACGUUCAUCUACGCGAGCGCGCUGCAACGCCACAUGCUCACGCACACCGGCGGAAAACCACACAAGUGCGAACGCUGCGGGGCCACGUUUGCGGACUGCAGCACCCUCAAACGCCACACGCGGGCACACACGGGGGAAAAGCCGUUCGAGUGUGAGCUGUGUCCCGCCUCGUUCACGAGGCCCCAGGAACUGAAGAUGCACGAGCGUACGCACAGUGGGGAACGGCCGUACAAGUGCUCUCUGUGCGACGCCAGUUUCUCGCUCAGCGGCGUCCUCAGGCGCCACAUCCGCACCCAUACGGGUGAAAAGCCGUACAAGUGCGAGCUCUGCUCGACUCAUUUCUCGAGCAAAUGCAACUUCAGGCGUCACACGCAGCGGAAGCACUGUAAGAGCGGUCUACGAGAGUGCGAAUUUUGUCACGCCAAGUUCAGGGGCUUGCAGCAGUACACGUAUCACAUGUACACGCACGCUCUAAAGGACGGCAGCCCGAAACGCCCCGCGCAAGACUUGCAGUCUGGUGGGGGUACGGGUUACAUUCUUCUUUGUCCCUUGGUCGCAGUUUCCGUGCCAGCUCAGGAUGUAUGUUCGUCUGAGGUACUUGGCGUCUAAGAGCAGCAAGUUGAUCGUCCAGUGUCAUUUGGGCCAUGUUUGACAAGACAUUGUACUGUCAAACACGGAGGGUGCUAGCGGGCACAAGGGCUCUGGACAUGCGUGGAAGUUUUAGCGAGAUUUGCUCCACGACAACGGCAAAGUUUCCGCUGGGCCAACCUUACGUACAAACGUGUACGCUGGUUUUUGUUCCUUGUGGUACCUUGUUUUAUUUGUACAUGUUUUUUACAAAUUUACGUUUACGUACGCAUAGGGUUCUUCGUUUUCGGGUUUCAUGAUUUUUCAAUUGCGGGAGGGAAAAAUCUGGUGCUAUUUACACACGCGAAUUCGGGGAGAAAUCGGGCCCUAUGAUCUGUGUUUGAUAUGUCACCGGGCAAUUUUUGGGUGAAAUGCAAGGCAUAUGAAACAAGCCACUGCUGUGACAAGGAACAAGAAUCUUUAUAUUUCUGCUCGGAACUGAGGCGGUGAAUGACCGCAGUAUUCAAACACUUGCCCCAGCUCCACAAAAACGCUCGCCUUUUUUCUCCUGCAGGAGGGGAUUAUAAAAGCAGCACAAAUAGGUUGUCAUAAACAGGUCUCUUUGCUGAUAUUAUGAACCACGUUUGUCACUUACUAGUUGACAUCUCUUCACACUUGAAGGACCGCAAGGAUAUCGGGUUUUAACUGAAUUCUUGAAAAUUUGUUCGGGGGGGGGGGACUAUUGUGAAAAAUCGUGUUUAACCCGGAAACGAAGAUCUCUACAUAUGCAGCGCUAAAAGUUACAAAUUUAUUCCUGAUUAUUUAUAGCAGUUACACUACAUCGUUGGUUGAAGAUUGAUGUAAAAUUUGCAUCUGCUGGAAAUAUUCAAAUUUUCCCAAUGAAAAUUAAAAGUCUGCAUGAACUUAAAAAUAAAUUCAGUAUAACAGCC